CAGUGGCAGCAGAGGCAGCCGUAGGAGUGGCCCACUGCACAAGGAACCUCUCGGAAUGAAGCGGCCUUUCAGGGCCAGAGGGGCUGCGGUCUCCCCUCCUCUCCUUAAAUAGCCAGCCCUUCGACCACAGCUGCACGGAGCCCACCAGCAGCGCCACCACCCACUGGCCACAGCCCACCUGCCACCCCGCAGCCCUCCUGCCCUCGCACCUGGACCCGGCUGUGAGAGGUCCCAGGCUCUGGAACCUGUCUGCUUGUUCCCUCCAGGCUCAUCCCCCGGCUCUGCUUCCGGCUGAAGCAUGAAUGGCCUGGAGGUGGCUUCCCCAGGUCUGACCGCCAACUCCUCCCUGGCCACCGCAGAGCAAUGUGGCCAGGAGACGCCACUGGAGAACGCCCUCUUCGCCUCCUUCUACCUCCUGGAUUUCAUCCUGGCUUUUGUUGGCAAUGCCCUGGCCCUGUGGCUUUUCAUCCGGGACCAUAAGUCAGGCACCCCUGCCAACGUAUUCUUGAUGCACCUGGCUGUGGCCGACUUGUCCUGUGUGCUGGUCCUGCCCACCCGCCUCGUCUACCACUUCUCUGGGAACCACUGGCCGUUUGGGGAAAUCCCGUGCCGACUCACCGGCUUCCUCUUCUACCUCAACAUGUACGCCAGCAUCUACUUCCUCACUUGCAUCAGCGCUGACCGCUUCCUGGCCAUCGUGCACCCCGUCAAGUCCCUCAAGCUCCGCAGGCCCCUCUACGCACACCUGGCCUGCGCCUUCCUCUGGGUGGUGGUGGCCGUGGCCAUGGCCCCGCUGCUGGUGAGCCCGCAGACCGUGCAGACCAACCACACCGUCAUCUGCCUGCAGCUGUACCGGGAGAAGGCCUCCCACCACGCCCUCGUGUCCCUGGCUGUGGCCUUCACCUUCCCUUUUGUCACCACCGUCACCUGCUACCUGUUGAUCAUCCGCAGCCUGCGGCAGGGCCCCCGCGUGGAGAAGCGCCUCAAGAACAAGGCGGUCCGCAUGAUCGCCAUGGUGCUCACCAUCUUCCUGGUCUGCUUCGUGCCCUACCACGUCCACCGCUCCGUCUACGUGCUGCACUACCAUGGCAACGGCACCUCGUGCGCCGCCCAGCGCAUCCUGGCCCUGGGAAACCGCGUCACCUCCUGCCUCACCAGCCUCAACGGGGCGCUGGACCCAGUCAUGUACUUCUUUGUGGCCGAGAAGUUCCGCGAUGCCCUGUGCAACCUGAUCUGUGGCAAAAGGCUCUCAGGCCCGCCCCCCAGCUUUGAAGGGAAAACCAAUGAGAGCUCACUGAGUGCCAGGUCAGAGCUGUGAGCCCUGGGAUGCCAUACCUGGGGCCCACCGCCAUACACUGUCUUCAGAAAGACACCCCCCCCGCCAGGGUGCAUGCCACCCAGACUCGUGAAGGAGAAGUCCACCUUCUCCCAGCAAGCCACUGCCACUCUCUCCAAGGGCGGAACUCAGCACCCAGCACCCGGUUCUGUCUUAUCUGACGCACAAAUCCCUAAAAAAGGACACCCCUUGACGGGACCAAUCGGCCACCCCCUCUGCAGAGACUGUGCUGGCCCUGCUCACUUGCAGUUACUAGAUACUCAAUGACUUCACCCCAUGGCAAGGGGGGGCAAGGAGGCCAGAGGAACGUUCCUGAACAAUGAGUGUCUUUCUUUCCCAAGGGCUGCUUGCUAGACUUCCAACCACCUUCCCACCACAAGAAUCACAAGGCAGCAAGGGCUCUGCAGAAAGAGCCCCGAAGGCAGCGAUGAAUGACUCAAGAGAAGGGGGGGGUGCGGGAAUCCAGGUGGAGGGGGACGGGGUUUGAGUUCCCUGGGUGGCACUUUUGCCAGAUGACCCCUGAGUUUAGGGGACGUGGACUGUAACUUAUAAUUGAGUGUUGUAAGUACAUUUCGGGCUGGCCGCCAGGUGACAUCCAACAAAUGCGGCCUGUGGGCUCAUCAUCUCAAUGCUGGGUCCUUGAUCCCUGCAUGUGGCCCGACAAUCCCCACAGCUUCUCGGCAGCUGCCUGAUCCCUCUUGAGUCGGUCAAGCAUACGGCAUGGGUGGGCAGAUGGGGGGAGCCGGGCUCUGUCCCUGCCUCAGGACAUCUCCAGCAGGGAGCCCACACCUGGCAUGGGACCCUGUCUCACACUAACCCAGACCAGCAGGGGUGUCCUUAGCCCUGCCCCCUCCCAAGAGGCUCUCCCAGCUGUGGAGGGCCAACCUGCCACGCUAGCAGGUUCCUUUUUGUACCUGAUCACACUGAUCAUAAACAUAACUGUACUUGAAGAUUCUGAA